ACUUCCCGCCUCCUGUCCACUGUCUCCUCCCUUUCUUCUGCCGGUGGCGAAACCAGUGUGUGUGAGACCACGCGUCGAUUAAAUUAUGUUGGGUGGCGGACCGGUCCUAGUUCUGAACCAGAACAUCAAGAGAGAGUCUGGCCGUAAGGUGCAGACCGGCAACAUCAGUGCGGCUAAGACCAUCGCUGAUGUCAUCAGAACAUGUCUCGGACCAAGGGCCAUGAUGAAGAUGCUGCUGGAUCCCAUGGGUGGGAUUGUGAUGACCAACGAUGGCAACGCCAUCCUCAGAGAGAUCCAGGUGCAGCACCCUGCAGCCAAGUCCAUGAUUGAGAUCAGUCGCACGCAGGAUGAGGAGGUGGGGGACGGAACCACGUCUGUCAUCAUCCUGGCUGGUGAAAUGUUGGCUGUGUCGGAGCAGUUUCUGGAACAGAAGAUUCACCCUACAGUUGUAAUCAGCGCUUACAGACAGGCCCUGGAGGACAUGCUCAACACACUCAAGGAUAUCAGUACCCCUGUGGAUGUGAAUGACAGGAAGAUGAUGCUGCAGAUCAUCAACUCUGCUAUCAACACUAAGGCGCUGAGCCGCUGGUCAGAGCUGGCCUGCAGCAUCGCCCUGGACGCCGUGCGCACCGUGGAGACCGAGGCCAACGGACGCAAGGAGAUCGACAUCAAGAAGUACGCCAAGGUGGAGAAGGUUCCAGGAGGCUUUAUCGAGGACUCGUGUGUGUUGAACGGCGUGAUGGUGAACAAGGAUGUGACACACCCCCGCAUGCGCAGACUGAUCGAGAACCCGCGCAUCGUGCUGCUGGACUGCUCUCUGGAGUACAAGAAGGGGGAGAGCCAGACGGACAUUGAGAUAACACGUGAGGAAGACUUCACCCGCAUCCUGCAGAUGGAGGAAGAGUACAUCCAGCAGAUCUGUGAGGACAUCAUCAGGGUCAAGCCCGACCUGGUGUUCACAGAGAAGGGAGUAUCAGAUCUGGCUCAGCAUUACCUCAUGAAGGCCAACAUCACAGCCAUCCGCCGCGUCAGGAAGACCGACAACCACCGCAUCGCCAGGGCGUGCGGGGCUCGUAUUGCGAGCCGCACGGACGAGUUGCGUGACGACUACGUGGGCACGGGCGCCGGGCUGUUCGAGGUGAAGAAGAUCGGAGACGAGUACUUCGCCUUCGUCACUGAGUGCAGGGACCCCAAGGCCUGCACCAUCCUGCUGAGGGGAGCCAGCAAGGAGAUCCUGGCGGAGGUGGAGCGUAACCUGCAGGACGCUAUGCAGGUGUGCCGCAACGUGCUGCUGGAGCCGUGCCUGCUGCCAGGAGGGGGCGCUGUGGAGAUGGCCGUGUCCCAGCGGCUGAUGGAGCGCUCGCGCUCGCUCACCGGCGUGGAGCAGUGGCCGUACCGCGCCGCCGCCCAGGCCCUGGAGGUGGUGCCCCGCACACUCGUCCAGAACUGCGGAUCCAGCACCAUCCGCACGCUCACCUCCCUCAGGGCCAAGCACAGCCAGGAGAAGAACUCUGCGUGGGGGGUGAACGGGGAGACGGGCACACUGGCAGACAUGACGGCGCUGGGCAUCUGGGAACCGCUGGCCGUCAAGGCCCAGACCUACAAGACCGCAGUGGAGACGGCCAUCCUGCUGCUGCGUAUCGAUGACAUCGUGUCGGGACACAAGAAGAAGGGGGAGGAGCAAACGGGCGGCGGCCAGGGGGCGGAGUAGAGACAUCACGUCACGUAACCCGGGAGACAGAAGACGCAAAGAGCCACCGCGUGUCAUGAUCACCUUUAUAAUCGCCAAAGCGAGUCAUUCGAGUCAUCGCUACCAAACGUUACUGAUUGAGUUUAUGCUAUAUUGAAAUACACUACUCACAGAAUAUUAGGGAUAUCUGGCUUUCGGGUGAAAUUUAACGUUUCAGUACAGAAAGCACUGAAACAUUGAACUGUUGGACAUGCACAUUCAAAAAUGUAGAGGUCACAUUAAGUUCACCUGUAAAGGUUAUAGUGGAUUUUAGGUUUUGUGCUGAAAUUUCACCCGAAAGCCGAAUUAUUCCUGAGAGUUUGUGAGUAUUGUAUGUUUCACACUGGAGAGGCCUUGUCUGAUCUGGAGACCGGAGAUCAUAAAGGCAUACAAGAGAGCACACAUACAGCAUCUCUCUCCCUCUCUCCAUCUCUCGUGAGGUCUUCAGGUAAACAAAGUGCAUUUCACAGUUGAUUGAAGUCAAGCCAAAUACAUUUCUUUUUCAGUUCCAUCUGUGUUCUUCUCUGCCAAAAGAAAAGCCGGUUUAUUUAUCAUCAGAAUUCAAUUCAGUGCUGCCUCACUAGACUCACACUGCAGCUUUCUCUCAUUGGGAUGUGUGUGUGUGUGUGUGUGUGUGUGUGUGUGUGUGUCUUCUCUCUCUGUGUGAGCUGUGUGUGUGUGUGUGUGUGCCUCUGCACUUCCACGUUUCUCAGCUGUGGUCUUGGUCCACCAUGUUUGACUUGAUACACCGUAAAAAUAAAACUGGUUUACAGCCUGAA